GUACCUGAAGUUUCCACAAUGCUCGAUAUCGAUAUACAAUUUCCUUCGCCCGUUAAUCAUGUCAAAAUUUAUUCACGCGAAAUGACGUUUAACCUUACGUUUGCUACCAUCAUUAAGCAAAAUUAUCGAUUUCAUCAUGCAAGAGUAUAACGUCUGAAAUACCAUCGAAUUUGCAGAGAACGUAUUUUAAACUCAAUGAGAUAUCAUCGGGGUCUUAGAUGUGUGCUACUAAUACACCCUGUCGAUCGUCACCUCGAUCAAGAUCACCAACAGAAAAUCCACCAGACGAUGUCAGAUUCCAUCAGCAACAUCCGGCACAUCCACCACCACCUUACGCUUACUACCCACCGCCUUACCCACAUUUGAAUCCAUAUGGCCCUUAUCCAUAUUAUCCUGGUGGAUUUUAUACACCGUCCUACUGUAGCAAUGAUGUACCACCCCAAGAGACGAAAGGUCCCUCUUGGUUCAGCAUUCUGUUACUGAUCUUUCUGUUGGUGUGUGUCGUUAGCAUUGUUUUCUAUCGGUCCUUGUCCCAUGAGAUACGGCGAAGACUAAACGUCAGGCUGCCUAGCUUGCAAGUGCAACCAGCGCAGACCGCGAAGAGGAAAAGUGAUGCGAAACAGAAUUACCCCACUGAAUUUAUUGUUUAUUCUGAUGUAACUGACCCACUCGAUAGAGAUUUCAAUCUUAUCUGCGAGGGAUGCGAGAGCCAAAAUGGAAAUUACUCGAAGUGUAUAUGGGACAGAAGUAGAAACGAAGGUAUCAUAGAGUAUUCGUCAGACAACAAAAUCGAUGUUGCUACAGAUGUAUCUGACACGUUUGUGAACGAAAUUACUCGAUCGGUCGCUUCUUAG